AUGGCCUUGGACUUUGGGGGUGGCAACAGUGGCUUCCGCCACACAGAAGUGGUUCAGUUCAUUAACAGUGAAAUUCUUAUGAAUGGAGGAGGGCCAGAGUUUUAUGUGGCCUUCAGCUCGCUGUCUUGGAAGGAGGUAGAGGACCAGCUCCGAUUGGUUGUUGCCAACCCGCAGAUGCCACACUGCCUCAAAAGGGCCUAUGCGUGGAGCAGCUUGGCUUUGGGUGUGAAAGCCUCAGUGAGACAUUGCGAGCAGCAGGAGCGUUGUGUCCAGCGGUUGCAGGACCAAAUAGAGAAGCAUGAGGUUGCUUCUUGGGCUCUGAUUUCUCAAGUGCAAAAGUUGCGGGAGGAGCGAAAUGAGGCUGCUGCACAGCUGCUGUUCACACAGACUGCCUUACGGCAGGCCAUGGAAGAACGUGAAGCCCUUCGCAAUAGGCUGCUCCAGGCUGAGAAAUCAGCACAGGACACCACAAUGGCCCAGGAUACAGAGCUUGGGGCUCAAGCCGUGCCAUUGGAGGCAGCAGUGGUGCUUUUGAAUGCAGAUCAGCAGACAGAUGUGGGAGCUGUGGGAGCUUCAGGGGGACCUGGAGCCAUGGUUGUACACGACAGGCAAAAUUUGGAGGCUCAGACGCCAGCCCCAAUACCAGUCACGUAUAUGUCGGACACAUUAAGUUCCUGGACCUCAGUUGUACAACCUGUUUGGCCUCUUCUUCAGCCAGUAGCCCCUCAAGGAAUGGUUCCUCAGUCAAUAAUUUCUCAGCCAAUGAGUUCUCAGUCAUUCAUUCCUCAGAAAAUCGCUCCUCAGCCAACUGAUGCUCAGCCAACUGAUCCUCAACCAAUCGCUCCUCAGCCAAUAUCUCCUCAGCUACUCACUCCUCAGCCAGCAGAGCCUCAUCUAAUUGCAUCUCCACUGGAGCCUCAGCCAGUCUCCCCUCAGCCUAUGGAGCCACAUCUAAUCUCUUUUCAGCCAAUUGACGCUCAACCAAUUGCUCUUCAGUCAAUGGAGCCUCAUCUAAUUGUUCCACAGUCAAUCGUUCCUCAGCCAGAUCUCACCCAGCCCAUCUUCCAUCAACCAAUCUGUAUGCCAUACCAUCUCCCGCUAUAUCCAUCGUUCCCUAUGGGAGUUCCUUUCGUGCAGCCUCAUCUACCUGCUGUUGUCACGGAAGCUGCAUCAGGAGUACUCCCACUACACAUGCCUCCUGUGGGCGUAUACCCUCAUGGCCUAUGGGCUGCAGAAGGCUUCCAGGGAGAGAUGGUUACUCUGUGUGAUCAGAGGUGUGAUAUCCAAGUGGAAGGUCUGGAAAACCUUCACAGCUCCUUCCUCCAAGGAGACAGCAAAAGUGAAGGGCAAGAAGGUUCAGAGAAACCCCAGGGACCUUAUCUCCAAGACAACAGAUACUUAAACCAAGCAGAACAUGCUGAGACAUUCCAGGGAAUGGAUCCCCUUGAGGAAAGUGGACUCUGCUACCAAGAAGAACAAAAUCCCCAGGGGAUGAUUCCUCUGGGCAGCAAUAGGGGCAGUCAGAAUGAAGGUUCACAGGAAGUCCAAGGGAUGGCCUCCUUGGAAGUAACCAUGAGUGGUAUCCAGGAAAGAAGUGCAGAUAUUGUCCAGGGCAUGGUAGACAUGAAGGUAAGCCAUGGCCAGGAGGAAGAGGAAAGUACUGUCCAGGAGAUGGCAGCUGAGGGGAUAAAUAGGAGCCUCAGAGAGGAAGGAUGUACGGCGAGUACCCAGAGGGUGGCAGACUCAGGGUUCACCAACAACCAUAGCAAGGAAGAAAGUGCAGACAAACCUCAAGAAACACUUGCAUCAGAGAGCCAAGCUGAGAGAAAAACCCCCAGGAAAAAGCAGGAGAAAAAAACCUCACAAGAGAAAAAACCCUUAGGUCAGUUUUCUUCCUGCUCCUAUAAAACGGAUUGGUUCUGCUCAUGGUGUAAAGGGAUAAAUUUUGCCUGGCGCUCUGCCUGCUAUAAGUGCAAGAAAGUUCGUAAGCAAGUUGAGAGAGGAGGUGCUGAUUCCGUAUAA